AUCUCUCCUGAUAGUCAACCUUAACCACCGUGCCCUACAUCUGCCGCCGUGCUGUACCGUCACCGCCGACGUCUCGAUCCCGCGCCCCCCGCCUCCGACGAGUCGCCGCCAUCUUCGUCCCCGUUCUUCCUCGUCGUCCCCAUCCAGAUCCUGCCGUCUCCACCCCGUCCGCAAUUCUUUUGUCAUUGGUUCCGAGAUUUGAUGAGCUGCAAAACAUUGGUGACUUCCUUGGAGCUUAAAAGACAGAUACCAGCGCUCGAUUACCACAAGGAACAACUGGGCUGUAUUGAUAAAGCUCUUAUUUUUCACGAUAUAGCCAAUGUCUGGUCCACCUGUUUUUUCUAUGUCACAGGCAGGCAAUCCAACUCAUAACCUGCAAGGGCAACAGACCUCAAUGAUUGGACAUGGCCAUUCUUCUCAGCAAGGGGUAUAUGUCAUGGAUUCUUCUUUUAACCAAGGUAUAUAUGCUAAUAAACAAAUCAGCUUCGCAGAGCGUGUCAAUAUGACGCAGUUAAAUAAGCGUAUGGCGGAUGAUUCUUCUUCUGCCGUUCUACGCUGCCAGAGACUCGGGUGUAAAGAAGUUGCUGAAGGGCAGACAGUGUUCUGCAAAAAUCACCGUGUAGGCCAACAUUGUCAGGUGGUUGGCUGUCCUCAUAUCCUACCAGAUGGCAUAGCUUUGUGCAUGUCCCAUGGUGGAGGCCACCCGUAUAGUGAACCUGGUCCCAGUGCAGUACCAUUCACUAAAUCAGAAGGUUCAGCCAAGUAUGAAGGAGAUGGGGGAUUUAGAGUGAUGGAAAAUGCUGGAAAUGUUAUCGGCCGCACAGGCGUCGAUAAUCCUGAUGGUGAAGUUGUGAUGUGCAAUUACCAAGGAUGCAGCAAGCGAUCCCAGGGAAAUACAGUGUACUGCAAGGUCCACAGCGGUGGUUCAAAGGCAUGUAUGGUUCAAGGUUGUCCCAAGGGUGCACAUGGAGGCACACCUCUGUGCAUUGGUCAUGGAGGAGGCAAACGCUGUUCAGUCACUGGAUGUUCCAACGCUGCAUGUGGAAGCAGUCAAGGCCGAACUGACUGCUGCGUGAGGCAUGGUGGUGGCAAGAGGUGUAAACAUGAUGGAUGUGGAAAAGGUGCUCAAGGAAACACAGAUUUUUGCAUUGCACAUGGUGGGGGGAGGCGUUGCAAGUUUGAAGGGUGCGGAAAGAGUGCACAAGGGCGGAGUGAUUUCUGCAUCAAGCAUGGUGGCGGUAGACGUUGCAAGUUUGAAGGAUGUAGUGCAAGCUCAAAAUGGGGGAUGGAUUUCUGCUCUACACAUAGGAAGAGCAUGUCAAAUGGCAGCGAUUCUGCUGAUGGAGUGCUUCCAGCACCACAGCCGAAACGUCGGGCCAAGAAGACCGCAGGCAAGAAAACCAAGAAGGCAAAGAGCACGGUUGAGCCAGCUGGUGUCUCUGAGAAUGUUAUCGUGCCUGACAUACCUGCAGCUGGUGUCUCUGAGAAUAUUAACAUGUCUGCCAUGCCUGCAAAUGACACACCCGAGACAGGCAUUAUUCAUGUCACCGCUGCCAGUUCGGACCAUCCGAAAUCACCUGAGAGUGCGACGAUGAAGCAGCACUCUGCUGUAGUGCGUCAACAACUGCUUCCGUCUGAGCCUCCAUCUGGAUUGGCUGCUUCAACAGAGGGCGUGCCAGCAGUAGGAAAUCAUGUAUUAUUUGGUUUAUAGAUCAAAUCAUGCUGUUGCAUAGAGGUGGGUUGCAUAGAGGUGUUACGAUAGACGAUUAACUGUGUUGUUACAAAGUGAAGUCUGGCGGAUCUUAGGAUAUUAGCGAUCCGGUGCCCAUAUAUUAAAGUGAUUUGACUGUGACGUGGUUUUAGUACAACUGUACAACUACACAUUGUACUUUGUCUGCCGUUUUAGCCUGUGAACAUCCUGAAAUCUACAGUUUCUCCUGAUAGUUUGAAAGGUGUUUACAACAAA